AUGGAGUCCCUCGCCGCUUUCCUCCCCGCCGCUGAAGGCGUUCUGCCCUAUUACAUGAUCCUUCUAGGGUCCAUCUCCAUUGGGAAUUCGAUCCAGGCGUUUACGACACUUCACUUCUCCCGGCGCGUUUACAACGGCCGAUUCGUCAGGAACACCAAUCUUCCCGCGAAAUCUUCGACCUAUAACCCCGAAGACUCCACAAACAAGCUUGUCCCUGACCACAAAAAUUCCAAAGCCAACGACCAGCUAACGCCCCUUGCUGGACGCCUUUUCGGAAUCUGGACGCUCCUCACUAGUAUGAUCAGGGUCUACGCAGCCUACAACCUGCACAACGGACCAAUCUACAAUAUCGCCAUGUCAACCUACGCCGUCGCGUUGCUUCACUUCUCCAGCGAGAUGUUUGUCUACAAGACUAUGACGUUUGGUCUGCCGCAGUUCUUCCCAUUCUUCUUCGCGACUCUGGGUUGCAUCUGGAUGCCCAUGGUCAGGGACUCUUAUGUUCAAUUCAAUUAG